AUGAUCCGCAAGAAUUACCGCUCCCGUCCCUCUCCCACAAGCACCGCGCCGUGCCCGAGGUGCAUGAAGGGACCGGCGCAGAUAUGUGUGGUGAAUUUGCGACAGGAGACGCCGCCAACAUCCAGCGUGAUCCGAAAUGUGUUCUUUGAGGAGAGCAGGCUUGAUCUCCAGCCAAACCUCAAGCCCAUCGGCCUUGGUGUCAUGCUCAACACCCACUGCCUCGUGCCCGGCCACGGUCGCGAUUUCUCAGCCCACCUUGCCGCGAUUGACGGGGAGUGCAAGGGGACACACGUGAGCCAUUUCCAGCUGAGCAGCACCCGCAGCGCCACGGCGGCGCAGGUGUGCAUGUGCCGCGUAGCACACUGCAUUGGGUUCAGCACGUCCGCGUUUGCCCACUUUUCCCUCUCGUCUCGCUUCGCCAUCUUCGAUCCCGAGGAGUUUAAGCGGCAGUGUGCAAACAGGCGCGAUGAGGAAGAGCGAAGGCACACGCGCCCAAGCAUAGUCUCAGCAAGCGAGCUGACGUCGAAGGACCUGAUUGCUGCCGGCCACGUGCCGAUUCCGCACAUGAUGUCCACGCUCGUGCGCGACAAGCGCAGCCGCACCGCUCUCCUCCUCGCGUCAGGCUCACCCUCCAUGGUGCUGCAGCACUGCACGCUCUUCUGGAAUGGGAAGGAAGUGCUGGACUUGACGGAAGAGGAAAAGGACAAGUGCAUGAAGUUCUAUCAGCACCACAGCGACGACGCUGCGGUGUAUGCGCUCUCGUACCGCCCUGUUCCUCCCCAGGGCGUGCUCGUCGGCAAAUUCUCCACCAAGUACAUGCAAGCAUCAGCACUCUUCCGCCACAAAGAUGUUCCCUCGAGCAGCCUGAUGCACCGGGCAGAGACAACGAGCGAAGCCAGCGACCGCUCCUCCACGUUUGCAAGCGGCGAUCCAAUCAAGCAAGCGCGGGCGUCCGUGAUUGCAAAGCUGAAGAUGCGAAAGGAGAAAUCAGCACCAGCGCGCACAGCAACAUUUGCAACACCAACAGCAAAGACCUCAAUUGACUCCAAUGCGUCUGCGCAUUCCAUCUCGCGGUCCACACUCGUCCGGAGAGCAACAAUGGCCGAUACCGUGACGGCCCAACAGCAGAUGCUCCCGCGGUUCAGCAACCAGCGCCACCUCCACAAUCUUCACCAGGAUCAGAUCUUCCUGGGCAUGAUUGUGAUGCGCGACACGGUUGCUCCCGACAUUCAAAAGAUGAUUCAAGACCUCGACCAGGCCGGUAUCCGGUUUGUGCACUUUUCGCAGGAGAAUGAAGUGCGGAGCAAAGUGUUUGCAGAGGCGAUGGGCCUUGAGACCGGCUGGAACUGCUUCAUCUCCCUCGCCGACGACGGCUACGUACGUGUACACGUACACAUGCACACAUGGCCUCAAACCAACAUAUGCAAGCUCACACGCACACAUGUUCACACGCACACAUGUUCACGCGCUCACACGCACACAUGGUUCAUGUGCAUUGCCCCAUUCAUCGUCUCGUGCUCGCCUGUCUAUCACGACAACCGCGCCCGUCUACCACGCGGCAUCAACGCCAUUCGCCCACACAUUGACGAGGUGGACAAUGUGCCGCUGCUGGUGCCGCUGUUCUCCGAGUGCUCACCAGCCGGGAUCAGCGAGAUGAUCGACAUCUACCACGAAAACGACAUGGUGGUUGCAUGUCUCGGGAGCUCACUGAACCCAAGUCACAUCAGCUGUUACGCCCACAGCGAUGUCAGCAUCGCCAUCGACCCAGAGCGGACGUUUGCGUGCACGUGGCCGCUCUCACGACUGCCGUGUGACAUGUCGCACUCGCCCCGCACACAGUCCCGUCGCAUCCAGCCCAUGUCGGCAGAGGCGUUUGCCAGUGACCUGCAGACGCUGCCGUGCUCCCUGCGCAUGGCCCGUGACUCCCCGAUCAGCGUGACCAACCUCAUUGCAGAGGCGAGGAGGCUCACGUUCAACAUGCGCCAGAGCUUUGUUGUCCUCCUCAUGUCCACGCUCACGCUCACCGCCGCGCUCGUGCUGAGCCACCUCUCCCAGCUGCCACCGGUGUUCAGUCCAUUGCAGGUGAUGUGGUUUGUGCUGGUCAUUCUUCCCCUCAUGUCCAUCUCCUUCCUCCAAUCCCGGCCUGAGAAACGUCUGAUGCGACUGUACACGGGCCCGCUCUUUGCGUAUCGCAUGGAUAUGCCCCGCUUCCUCCGCUACUACAUCAUCAGAUGGCUGCCCUCUGCUGUCGUGUGUGUGCUCGCCUUUGCGGCCAUCUUGCACGCGCUGUGUGAACGCGACGCCGGGAGCUGCAACGUCCUCGCUCAGCCGUCAAACACCAGCACACACACCGCACACACCCGGCACACCUGGCACGGAUGGGCGACUGACCGCUACCAGGGCCUUGCGCUGGCACAAGGGCUUGCGGGCUGGCUGUUUGUCGUCUACGUCGCAUUCGUCUCCGUCGGAUCGCAUCAUCGCACGCUGCCGCUCUGGAAGUUUUCGCCGCUGAAAAACUGGUUGUGGUUCGCGACCAUCGGAGCUGCUGUUGGUCUCCAGUCCGCCUUUGUCGCCGUGCACGUCGCUGUCGCCACAAACGGCGCUGGCAUCGCCCCGUACUCCAUUGCCAACAUCCCGGGCACGACUGUUGCGCUGUGUCUGCUCUGGGUCGCAGUCAUCAUCGUCCUCAACGAACUGGUGAAGCUGCUGGAGCACGGACGAGAGGAGACGAUGCAGAAGCGCGCGGCGCUGUUGCACGGCACACGGCUGGGCAUGCACUCGCCCAAGUAG